AUGGCUGACGUUAAGGCGAAGAGACCACUUCCAACCCACCCAAAGACUUUGGACAUGGUGAUUGAAGCGGUUCAGGAGCUGAACAGUCGCAAUGGAGCGUCAGUGCAAGGUAUUAAACGCUGGAUCCUGUCCACGUAUCCAACAGUUGACCCAAUCCGUAUCAAACCACUUCUGAAGCAAGCCUUGGCCAAGGGACUUGAAUCCGGUCUGCUCAUAAGACCAAAAAACUCAAUGGGACUGGUUGGUGCCACUGGUCGAUUUAAAAUCGGAAAAAUCCCAAAGCCCAGUAAGAAGAAGCCAUUGAAAAAGGAUAAAGUGAAGAAGAAAGUAAAAGAAUCUGCGAAUGAUGACAGCGGUGCCGGCGACGUGGAGACCACGAAAAAAAGCAAAAAAGUGAAAGAUCCGAAAUCUCCGAAAUCAAAGAAAAAACCAAGUACAAAGUCACCCAAGGCUAAGUCGAAGAGGAAAGAUGUUGCGACAGAAGCAGAGAAGAAAAAGACGAAAGUUGUGAGUACUAAGACGACGAAAACUACAACUAAAAAGGACACUAAACCAAAAGCAAAGGUUAAUCUAAACGUAAAGGGAAGACGCGGAAGGGAGUUUUUUUACUUCACCACUUAA